CCCCGCGCCCACGCAGCUGCCUCGGCCAGUCGGCCUCCUCCCUCCAGAGGCAGCUCGGCCCCCGCUUGGCCGCAGCCAGCGCACCAUGGCGGGCGCGCCGCCGCGGAGGUCGGACGUCGACUUCGCCGACGUCUUCGGCGGCCCGCCGCGCCGCUCGUCGGGGAACGAGCACCGCUCGCGGCGCGGCUCGCUGGACACCUCGUCGUUCGGGUCGUCCGCGCCGAGGGCGCGGAGCGGGGGAUCGGACACGCCCGUGUUCGGGGACCACCGGGGCAGCUCCGACCGAAGGAGGCAGCUCGGGGAGGAGUUCUACAAGGACAUAUUCCCCGGGAACGAGGCGGCGUCGCCCAGGCGGGGUGGCGUCGGGGAUUGGGGGGAUGUGUUCAGCGUGCCGGCGUCGCCUGGCUCCACGGCCCGCCCGCGAUCGAGCUUCUCCAUGAGGUUCAACAGAGGCACGGAUGGUUCAAUGCCUACUUCUCUCUCUCGGCAAACAUCCAACAGAAAUGAUGAUGUGACUUCUUAUGCUUACAGUGUUCCAACUUCACCGAAUGCAUCCAUGGACAAUUAUCUAGCCCAAGGGGCAGCCCAACAAGAUUCAAGGAAGAAGCCCUUUUCAUUUCUAUCUAGGUUCCGUUCUCAAAGUGGAAAAAAGAAAAACACGUCUAAUCAUGUCAGCUCCAUGGACAGUGAAUGUGAAGGGACUCCUAUUAGCUUGGAAAGUAUCAUGGCCACUGACAAGUUCCAUUUUUCAUUCUAUAAGUGGGCAGGCAAAGGAGCCUUUUUAGUGCUGCCAGCUACUGCAGAAGAAAAGGCUGGAGACAUUAUUGGACUGAGAAACUUUCCUCAAGUUGCUGUGCAAGGUAUUGACCUAAUCGAUGACGAAGACAUCAUGUCAACUGCCACUGGAGCAUCGAAGAGUCAACAAGACUAUGAAGAUUCCAAAUCUGGAAAACAUAAUACAAACUCAGCAACCAAGGAAGGAGCUAUUCCUUUACUCUUUGAUGACUACAUGCAAGGAAUGAAACAGGGCAAUGAUCAUACAAAAAAUGAUGCUUCAUCAGCUAGCCCGACCGCUAAAAGUUCUCGAUCGCCUUCAGGAGAGAAAAGUCGUAGUAGCAGGGUAAAGGAAAAGGUGAAGGGUUUCAUAAAAAUAUUUAGCCCUGAGAAUUCACCAAAGCGCAAACGAGCACCAGAAACACCGGACCAGACAUCCGUGGGGAAAAAUGGAAGCAAAAGUGAACUGCAAGAUAAGUUUAGCAUAUCCAGUCUGGAGGCCAAUGAGGAUGUACAAACAGCCCAAAUGAACAAUCAGAAUGCAUUUAUCCCUGCACCUUAUCCAGUGAAUGAUGUGCAAGAGAGAAUGGACAAACCAGUCCUGACAGAUAAUAGUAAAACAGAAACAAAAACGGAUACAAUUUCAGGAAGCAAUAAAGCUGCUUCUAAUGAAUCAAUACACGAUGAUACAAAAGACAAAGCAGACAACACAAUAGAUCACGUGGAAAUAGAUAUUGAAGAUCUUGAUGGUUGUGUGGUUGAGCAUGUCUCGGAAGGUGAUGAUCAAGAAAAGGAGCUAAUAAAGGUAUCCGAGUCCAAAAUUCGCGAAUGGUCAAGGGGAAAAGAAGGAAAUAUUAGGUCAUUGCUUUCGACACUGCAAUAUGUCCUGUGGCCUGGGAGUGGAUGGAAACCAGUUCCUCUUGUUGAUAUAAUCGAAGGAGCAGCAGUCAAGAAGGCUUACCAGAGAGCAUUAUUAUGCCUCCAUCCAGAUAAGUUGCAGCAACGUGGAGCUGCCAUGCAUCAGAAGUAUAUAGCAGAGAAGGUUUUUGACAUUCUACAGGAAUCAUGGAAGGAAUUCAAUUCAGUCACUUUCGGAUAGUAUUAGUACCUUAAUUUAUUGUUGCUUUGGCCCAAUGAUUUAUCACAGACAUGUUUUUCCCGGUGUCUGCACUCUGCAGCAGUUGGUCGAGCAAUAUAGCAAAUGGCGACCGAAGAGAGUCGCGCUCGCGCAUUAUGAAUUUAGACGUUAUUACUGGAGGCACAGGCAAUGCUGCCCUGUGGCCUUCGUCCUUGUUCAAAAUAUCCGCCUGUGUAACAUAUAACAAGUAUUGGUUAGGUCUAUUGUAUCCAGAAGACCGAAAUAUCAUACGAGGAAUGGUUCAUGUACACCUUUCUGUACCAGCCGAUGUCCUAAUUUUGUCGGAUCUUCCACAGUAUGGAUAAAAAUGUUAUGACUCUU